AAAUCGAUAGGCUCUCAGUUUACUUCGAUUCCGCUACUCUCGAAGACUGGGUCUUUCUAUAACCGCCGAGACCCCUGCUUCACCUGUGUUAUCUCGAAGAUGACGCCCGAGGGGGUUGAAGUCGAGGCCGGCCUCCACGAUUCAAGCCACAACACAAUAAGGAUCAUUUCCGACUCUAGCUUUUUCAGGGAGUAUCGGGUGUCUACGCUCCCUACCCCGGCUGAGGUGAGAGCUAUUAACGAGAAGUUAUGGUACAAGUACCCUUUAGGUGGCCUAGAUAAUCAACCUCUAAAUGACAUAUUUCUUUCCGGUCACCGGGACUUGGCUGGCCCAUUCCACGGUGCAGACGCUGUCCAGAAAUUUCAGAAUGGCUGCGAUAUCGAAAUUGAUGGGGAGGUGCCCGUGGUCUUCACGCAUGACGACAUUGUGCCCCCAAAUAUCCUUUUAUCGCCCGGGACGAAUCCAGUAGUAGCUGCCAUCAUUGAUUGGGGCCAGGCAGGGUGGUAUCCUGCUUACUGGGAGUAUUGCAAGGCGCGUCGCAUCAGGCCAAACCCGGAAUAUUUUGAUGAAGACUUGGAUGAAGAAUGGAAUACGAGAUACCUGCCAACUAUUUUGGACCCGGUCGAUGAUGAGACAGUAUACCACCCUUGGCUGUGGUUUGUCUUGUCCAAGGAUAUCUAG